AUGUCUGUCAGACCACCAUUGAUGAGACAGGGAAGCACCGUGGGACCGGUGGGAAGAGCGAGGGGACGUACGAUCAGCAGCCAAGCGGCGACGGCCGAGUUUGCAGCCACGCUUAAGAAGCUCCAAGACAUCUACGAGACGCAGGUGCACCAGCUUCUCUUCGAGGCACAAUCACUUCGGCGAGCUCUGGGUAAGCAAGAGGGCACUUCUACAAGCCAUGCGGAAGAUGGGCCGGAUGACGGACAGGAAGAGGACGACGUGUCGGUGCUUGAUGUGGCCGAUGUCGAGCAGUUCUCACUAUGGCCCGAGUGGAUGGCCGGCCAAGACACCAUCAAUGGUAUCAGCAGCGACAUUUUUGCAGACAGGGAGUAUGCCUUGGCAGAGCGCAAGCUAAAGCUGAAACCGGAUUUGAAUGCCUCAUACUCGUCCUCAGCGCUGCACCAGCAACCGCACUGUACAUGUACUUGCAAGCUGACCGACUUGGUUAUCAGCCCGAUCUCACCCCAGCGGAUGUUCUGGGACAUUUUGGGUGUGGUCUUCCUCGUCUAUGACAUGAUAUGGAUUCCGGUGCAAGUCUUCUCACCGAACCGCCACGUGGUGACGGAUGCCCUCGACCUGACCGUCGCGGUGUACUGGACUUUGGACAUCAUCGGCACCUUCUUUACAGGUUUCUACUCUCGCAAAGGCGAGCUGAUCCGUACUCACAAAGAAAUCGCUUUGCAUUACCUGAAACGAUGGUUCUUCCUCGAUGUGAUGAUUGUCAGUGUGGACUGGAUAUUUAUGUCCGCAUCGCUAGGAGAAGAGGACGAUAGCGUUACGGACAGUGCCGAGGGAUCCGGUCUCGCUCGGUUAGGGAAGGUGAUCCGAGUUGCAAGAAUUCUGCGAACCUUGCGUCUUCUGCGGCUCAUGAAGUUGAGGCACAUCUUCUUUGCCAUUCAAGAACGUAUCGAUUCUGAGGCAGUGUUCAUAUUGGUGGGAACCGUAAAGAAUCUGCUGGUCUUGCUAUUCGUGAACCAUGUCUUCGCUUGCCUUUGGUAUUUAAUUGGAGUCUUGGGAGAAGGAGGUCCUCGCGAAGAGCAUUGGGUGUUUUACUACGACACCGGGGAGACAGUCAUCGAGAAGUACAUGCUGAGUCUUCACUGGAGCCUCACGCAAUUUACGCCGGCAGGCAUUGAGAUUCACCCAUGCAACGUUUACGAGCGGGUUUUCAACGUCGGCCUGAUUCUCAUUGCCAUGGUGGGAUUCUCCUCCUUUGUCAGUGCGAUCACUGCUUCAAUGACAAGACUGCGAAGUCUGCAGGGUAACGAGCUCUCCGAAGCGUUUCUGUUGAGAAGGUUCUUAAAGGAGAACCACAUCUCGGCGGACCUGCAGUCACGAGUCGUGCGCUACAUCGACAUGGCCAUCGAGGUAAACAGGAAAAAGAUCGACAAAAGCCGCGUUGCUUCGUUGAACAUGCUGAGUGGUCCGUUGAGGGUCGAGCUGCAGAAGGAGCUGUACCUCCCCUCUUUGGUGAUUCACAAAUUUUUCGUUAAGUAUGCCCAUAACGAUGCCGCAAUCAACCAGAUCUGCUUCAAGGCUGUUGAGAAGAUGAACCUCUCGCGCUCCGACGUCCUGUUUCAGCUUCAUGGCGAGUCUCACUCGAUGUUCUUCUUGACGAGUGGCAGCACGUACUAUCAGCGGCCUAAGAACUCACCCGCAUGGGAGGCUCACCAGAGGAGGUCACGCAAACUGGCAGCAAACCCACUCUUCAAUCGCGUGCUGACCCUUUCAAAGGACAGCUACUUCUGCGAGCACUCCCUGUGGCUGCCAUGGACGCACAGAGGUACAAUGGGUGCUUUGACGGAUAGCGAGCUCCUGGCUUUAGAUAGUGCCAAAUUCAGGCAGAUCACCACAGAGUACAAGGAUAUCUUCCAAAGCUCCAAAGCCUAUGCGCUGCAAUUCGUCCAUGACCUGGAGGAGUUCAGCGACACCCACGGAUGUGCCUGGGACUUGCCGAAGGAGGUAACUCACCCAAAGAGCUACCACAUGGAUGCUCCGAUACUCAAGUCAACCUUGGAGCAGAAGCAACUUGAGGAGUUGAAGAUGAGCGAGCUAUUAGCUGCUUGCAUUGAAGACGACCUUGACCAGGAGGCGGCUUCCAAGUCUAUGAGACAUACACCCUCCAAUGCAUCAGCUUCUGACCAGGUGAGCUCCAUGGCAGAAGGCAGCUUUGCACUGGGACAUCCAGGAGUGCCAAGUCGAAGGCCACGGCAGCCGUCCACACUUUCGAACGAGUUUGCCGAUACGUUCUGUCAGACGUGCCGCAUCGUUCGGCCACCUCGCGCCUCGCACUGCCGCGACUGUGACAACUGCGUCCUCAGGUUUGAUCACCACUGCCCGUUCGUCAACAACUGCAUUGGCCAAAGGAAUUACGUGUUCUUUACCAGCUUCCUUGUGUCCAUUGCUUUCUUGGGAGUGGCCGAGCUCUCUGGCAUUGGCUUGUGGUACUCGCACUCUGCCGGAGGCAUCUCGGACGAGAUGCUGACACUCCUCUUGCUUGCCCUCACCCCGGCACGCUUCUCAGCUCAGCAGGGUUGGCGAAGUUUGACGGAAUGA